AUGCUGGUCUACACACCCAGCGGCCUCAUAGCCCAACACGGGCUUCUUUUGCUUCUGCUCCUCGCAGCCUGGAAGGCGGGGAGCGGCCAGGUUCACUACUCGGUCCCGGAGGAGGCCAAACACGGCACCUUCGUGGGUCGCAUCGCCCAGGACCUGGGGCUGGAGCUGGCGGAGCUGGUGCCGCGCCUUUUCCGACUGGCGUCCAAAGGCCACGGGGACCUUCUGGAGGUAAAUCUGCAGAAUGGCAUUUUGUUUGUGAAUUCUCGGAUCGACCGGGAGGAGCUGUGCGGGCGGAGCGCGGAGUGCAGCAUCCACCUGGAGGUGAUUGUGGACAGGCCGCUGCAGGUUUUCCAUGUGGAGGUGGAGGUGAAGGACAUUAACGACAAUGCGCCCAUCUUCUCAGUCUCAGAACAAAAGCUUUCGAUACCGGAAUCUCGACUGCUUGACUCCCGGUUUCCGUUAGAAGGCGCCUCUGAUGCGGAUGUUGGAGAGAAUGCAGUGCUGACUUAUAGACUCAGUCCAAAUGAGUUUUUCAUUCUUGAUAUUAUAAACAAAAAAGACAAAGGCAAAUUUCCAGUGCUUGUUCUAGGAAAAAUGCUAGAUCGUGAAGAAAACCCUCAGCUUCAGUUGUUAUUAACGGCAACUGAUGGAGGCAAACCGGAAUAUACAGGAUCUGUUACUCUGCUGAUCUUGGUAUUGGAUGCCAAUGAUAAUGCGCCUAUAUUUGACCGAUCUGUUUAUGAAGUAAAGAUGUAUGAAAAUUCAGCGAACCAAACUUUAGUAAUAUGGCUAAAUGCGUCUGAUGCAGAUGAAGGAAUAAACAAGGAAAUGAUAUAUUCAUUUAGUGCUUUGGUUUCUCCCAGCAUAAGAAGGAAAUUUCUAAUGAAUGAAAAAACGGGAGAAAUAAGAGUAAAUGAUGCUAUUGACUUUGAGGAUAGUAACACUUACGAAAUUCAUGUAGAUGUUACAGAUAGAGGAAACCCACCCAUGGUUAGUCACUGCACCGUCCUAGUGGAAGUUCUGGAUGAAAAUGAUAAUCCACCUGAGGUGGUUAUCACUUCUUUGGCUCUCCCGGUGCAAGAAGAUGCUCAGGUCGGCACCGUCAUCGCCCUAAUCAGCGUAACUGACCAUGACUCUGGCGCCAACGGGCAGGUGACCUGCUCACUAACACCCCAAGGCCCCUUCAAGCUGGUGUCCACCUUCAAGAAUUACUAUUCGCUGGUGCUGGACAGCGCCCUGGACAGAGAGAGCGUGGCGAACUACGCUCUGGUAGUGACCGCACGCGACGGAGGCUCGCCUUCGCUGUCGGCCACGGCCAGCGUGUCCGUGGAGGUGGCCGACGUGAACGACAACGCGCCGGCAUUCGCGCAGCCCGAGUACACGGUGUUCGUGAAGGAGAACAACCCGCCCGGCUGCCACAUCUUCACGGUGUCGGCGCGCGACGCCGACGCGCAGGAGAACGCGCUGGUGUCCUACUCGCUGGUGGAGCGGCGCGUGGGCGAGCGCGCGCUGUCGAGCUACGUGUCGGUGCACGCGGAGAGCGGCAAGGUGUACGCGCUGCAGCCGCUGGACCACGAGGAGCUGGAGCUGCUGCAGUUCCAAGUGAGCGCGCGCGACGCGGGCGUGCCUCCCCUGGGCAGCAACGUGACGCUGCAGGUGUUCGUGCUGGACGAGAACGACAACGCGCCCGCGCUGCUGCCGCUGCCCGGGGCGCGCGGCGGGGGCGGCGCGCUGAGCGAGCCAGUGUCGCGGGCGGUGGGCGCGGGCCACGUGGUGGCCAAGGUGCGCGCGGUGGACGCGGACUCGGGCUACAACGCGUGGCUGUCGUACGAGCUGCAGCCGGCGGCGGGGGGCGCGCGCAGCCCGUUCCGCGUGGCGCUGUACACGGGCGAGAUCAGCACGACGCGCGCCCUGGACGAGGCGGACGCGCCGCGCCAGCGCCUGCUGGUGCUGGUGAAGGACCACGGCGAGCCGGCGCUGACGGCCACGGCCACUGUGCUGCUGUCGCUGGUGGAGAGCGGCCAGGCGCCCAGGCCGUCGUCGCGGGUGUUGGCGGGCGGCGCGGGCGCGGGCGCGGGCGCGGGCGCGGCGCUGGUGGACGUCAACGUGUACCUGAUCGUCGCCAUCUGCGCGGUGUCCAGCCUGUUGGUGCUCACGCUGCUGCUGUCCACGGCGCUGCGGUGCUCGGCGCCGCCCAGCGAGGGCGCGUGCGGGCCGGGGAAGCCCACGCUGGUGUGCUCCAGCGCGGUGGGGAGCUGGUCGUACUCGCAGCAGAGGCGGCAGAGGGUGUGCUCUGGGGAGGGCCCGCCCAAGGCCGACCUCAUGGCCUUCAGCCCCAGCCUUCCACCGUGUCCAGUACCAGAUGUGGAAAUGGAAGGAGAGUCUUCUGGAGGGGACUACUCUGGAAAGGUGGGUUAUUACUUUUUUAAUUUCCAUAUGUUGAUCUGUGAAUAAUUUAUUAAUCGCUUUUUGCCCUCAUGCAUAUGUCUCAGAAUAUCUUCAUCCUUUCUAAUAUAG